CUUCUCAGUUGAAAACACAGGUAUAUUAUAAUGUUACGGCUCACUACCUUGUCAGUCUCUUCUUGCACCUGUGCAUGUGUGUAGCUAUGCAAGUGUGUGUGUGGCAGACAUUGUGAGUGUGUUUGAGUGAGAGUUUGUGUUUGAGUGUGUUCGCGUGUCCUAUGUCAGUCAGUGUCAGCCCGUCCACACACUCAGACCUCCAGAGACGAGGCAGGGAGUCUGACUUUGCAAACACAUGAUGCUGAAGAUGGGCUCUCAUCACUGGGCUCGCAGCUCUGGGCAGCCCUGGACUGAUGCUGGGUCUCUGUGGGGCUGGAUAGUGUCGAGGCUACACCUGGACUGGACAACAAGGUUCUUCCAGGAGGAUGAAGAGGUGCUGGUUCUGACUCACAGAGAUGAGUUGAACAGAACCUAUGGGGAGGACAACAGACUGCCUUCUGACACCAUCACAGACACAAGUAAUACCUGUUGUCAUGACACCAGAAGAAACCAACCAUCUCAAACAGCUUUAAAGGAGACCAAAGCUACUAUUGUCUCCUCUGGAUCCAGUACCAUCACUGUUACUUCAGCUGUUUCCACUGCAGACUCCCUUAAGGUCAAAAACUCCAGAAGUCAUGGCAAAGAGGGAAGAUUCUCUGAGAUGCAAGCUGACAAGAUGGGAAGCAACAGUGAGGAGAACCCGAGUUUCAGCCAAAACUUUGGUGAAAAGAGAAAAUCCUGUCGCCUGGCUGGGCUGCUUAGAGGGACACUUCUGGAAGAUGGGGAAGAGAAAAAGGGAAGAGAGGAAACGGUGGAGGCGACUUCUCAGUUGUGUGCCUGCCCUGAAGAAGAGAGAGCAGGGACGAGCUGGGCUAAUCCAGUUCAGAGCCCCGGUACCAGCACCACAGGUCUGCAUCCUGCUGCCACCAUCACCGCCUGGGAGGCUGGCUGGAACGUCACAAAUGCCAUACAGGGCAUCUUUGUGUUGGGUUUGCCUUUUGCUCUGGUGCAGUCGGGUUAUGUGGGUCUCGUUCUGCUGGUUCUGUCAGCCUGGGUCUGCAACCACACGGGGAGGAUCCUGGUGGCUUGUCUCUAUGAAGAGGAACAAAGUGGAGGAUCUGGCUCUGUAUCAAAGGUUCGAGUCCGACAAAGCUACCAGGACAUAGUGGAGGCCUGCUGCAAAGGACUGUGGCCUUACUGGCCUGGCCUGGGUGGAUGGAUGGUUAAUGUAGCCCAGGUCGUUGAACUGCUGAUGACCUGUACCCUGUACCUGGUCGUUUCCACCAGCCUGUUGUCCGACAGCCUGUCAGGAAUGACUGUUCCUAGAUCAGCGUGUUCUCUGGUGUCUCUGGUGUUCCUGUUGCCCUGCCUGCUGCUGACUGAUCUCAGACCAGUCUCCACCCUCAGCCUGCUCUGCUCUCUGGCUCACAUACUGAUCAGCCUGUUGGUCAUGCUGUACUGUCUGAGCCGAGCCAGCAGCUGGUCCUGGUCCUCUCUGUCCCUGUCUGUGGACCCCGAGGACUUCCUCGUCUCUGUGGGCGUCAUCAUCUUCUCCUACACCUCGCAGAUUUUCCUCCCUCCUCUAGAGGGCAGUAUGGAGGACAGAGGGCAGUUCAAUGCCAUGCUGGGGUGGACUCAUGGUGCCGCCUGCAUCAUGAAAACUAUGUUCUCUUCACUGGCCGUGUUGACGUGGGGCUCAGAGACCAGCGAGGUCAUCACAGACAACCUGCCCUCUGACCUUCGACCUCUCGUCAACCUGUGCCUGCUGGCCAAAGCUCUGCUGUCCUACCCUCUGCCCUUCUACUCUGCGGCAGAAAUACUUCAAACCUGCCUGCUCGGAGGUGCUGCUGUCUCAUCGUGCUCCAAACAUACAGGUGCAGGCGUGUCUCGUCCGGCCCUGUUGGUGCGCGGGGCUUUGCUGAUGACAUCGUACCUGCUGGCCCUGCUGGUCCCCAGGUUCUCCCUGCUGAUGGGUUUGACAGGCAGUGUGACGGGGGCGGCCAUGACACUCAUACUGCCGUGCCUGUUUCACCUCAGACUGCAGUGGGGUCGCCUCACCGUGCGGGACCGGCUGAUAGAUGUGUGUAUACUGAGUCUAGGGGUCAUCUGUAGUGUAUCUGGUGUGAUUUGUUCAGUGAAAAGACUGCUGGAAGGACUGUAGGAUGGAUGGAUGGAUGGAUAGGUAGCUCCAUGGGCAGAUCAUGCAGGUGCAAGCUGUCCUCUGUAAUAUUUUUUGAAUGAGAAUACUGGAUCGCUGCAUGAUAACUUCAGUCUAGAAGUCAAGAAGCAAUAAUCAAUGAUUCUAUGUUAACAAUAGAUCAGAUGAGUGUUUUCUCAAGUGAGUCAGUAGGAGUGACAAAUCCACACAAACUCUGAAGGUCCCCUCAGCUCUGUUGAGUAUUUUAGCAUAUUUCAGCUUCUUGUUUUGUCCCCAAAUGUAAUUGUUGUAAUUGCACAUGACAAAAAUAUGUUUUAUCUCUAGAAAUAUUUUUUUUUCAUAAAGGGAAUCCAAAUCCAAAUCAAUCUUCGUAU